AAAGAGAGCGAGGGAGAGUUAAUCUAAUACACGUGUAGUGUGAUUAAAGGACGAGCUUCAUCGCUGCUGACAUUUUAGAUGAAUGUGAAGCUCAGCGGAAGGAUAUGAAACACACUCAAAACACGCGCCAGGAAACAAGGCAGACGAAGAGGGCGCAGAAAGGGUUAAAAGUCCAAAUCUAUAACAGGGAGAUCUUUCGCUCGCUCUCUCUCUCUUUUCUCCCUGCCCCCCCCACCUCUCUCGACCACUCGGCUGCUCGCUGCCUCUCUCACCACCUGUUAGUGAGGACCCCUCAUGCAGUGACAUCCACUUGUUUGUGUAGGAAUCUCCUCCACUCCCACGAUCAAAGACUCUAUGACGGUGCAAAGAGGAAAGAAGCUCAGCAUCUCCAUCCAGGAACACAUGGCCAUUGACGUUUGCCCCGGCCCCAUCAGACCCAUCCAACAGAUCUCUGCCUAUUUCCCCCGCCUGUCCCCCACCUCCCCCACCCCGGUUUCCCCGAACCCGGCCUCCUCCCCUCUGGCCCUCAGCCCUGGCUCUGUGGCCUCCGGGAUGGGACGGGCUCACCUCCUGUCGCCUCUGCUGGCCCACGGGCGAGCGGGCGGCGGCGGCUCCUUGUCCCUGACCAGCAGCGUGGACACAUCGGUGGAGAUCAACAGCUCUGACAGUGACGACUGCACUGCUCUGGGAACGCUGGAGUUCGAGCUGAGAUACGAGCAAAGCAAUAGCGAGCUGCACUGCACCGUGAUCCGGGCCAAGGGUCUGAAGCCCAUGGACUUCAACGGUUUGUCUGAUCCAUACGUCAAACUCCACCUGCUGCCUGGAGCUUGUAAGGCCAAUAAGCUGAAAACGAAAACAAUCCGUAACUCUCUCAAUCCGGUGUGGAAUGAAACGCUCACUUAUGUCGGCAUCACGGAGGAAGACAUGCACAGGAAGACGCUCAGGUUGUCUGUGUGCGACGAGGACAAGCUGACUCACAAUGAGUUAAUUGGAGAGUCCCGGGUGCCUCUGAAACGUGUGAAACCUGAUCAGACCAAACAUUUCCACACCUGCUUGGAGCAUCCGCCUCCGCUCCCUUCUCCUACCGCCAUGGGUGAAGCCCUUCGAGGGAUAUCUUGCUACUUAAGAGAAUGGGAGAACGAGCAGCUUCACAGCCUGGAGGAGAGAGGCCGACUUCUUCUCUCCCUGCAGUUUUUGCCUCCGGUCAGUAUUGAGGAAGGAGACACAGAGGGAGGUGAAGGUGGUCGCGCCGGGGGCCUCUGUGUUGGAGUGAGGCGCUGCGCUCACCUGGCAGCCAUGGAUGUCAAUGGAUUCUCUGACCCCUACGUCAAAAUAUACCUGAAGCCUGACAUACAGAAGAAAUCCAAGCACAAAACGUCGGUGAUGAAAAAAACCCUCAACCCCGAAUUCAACGAGGAGUUUUUCUAUGAGAUCUCCCUGUCGGAACUGGCAAAUAAGACGCUGGAGGUGACGGUGUGGGACUAUGACCUGGGACGCUCCAAUGAUUUCAUAGGUGGCGUCUGUCUGAGCUGUCAGUCUCAGGGAGACGCCCUCCGUCACUGGACGGACUGCCUGAAGAACACGGGCCAGAGGGUGGAGCGCUGGCACGUCCUGACCAACGAGUUACCAAGAACCUUCAGCCACGACUAACCCUGCGCUCCGUCCAUGCACGGGGAUCCCGGGCUUCCCUGUGAUCCUCUUGACUUCUUCAUGGGACUUCAGCAACAUCAUCACAGGGACGAGCGCUUAUUCAAAGACUAGAUGUGUCAUUACAAAGAGCCACCAUGGAGGCUGGAGGGUGGAGAGAAGCCGGAGCAGCAUGGUGGUGUGCCUUCACUACAAAUCAGUGAGUCGUACAAAAGGAAAACACUUGUUGGCUCUGUUAAGACACACACACACACAACACAGUAAACACUAGGCCUAAAUGGGGUCUCUUCGCUUAUGAUGGGUGGAACACACGAAAAUGAAAUGGAUGUAGACAUAAUUUACAGGCAUGUUUUUACAGAUUUGUUUAGUUAAUCAUAUGUCCUCUGCUCUCUGGAAUUAGAUUUUUAGUGUCAUUAAUUUUUCCUUACUGUAUGUCUGUUGAUGACCAGUUUUCUCUCUACAUAGCCAUGAUGUGACAUAGUUGUUCCAGAGCUCAGCAUCUGUUUCACACAGAUGAGCCACAGCCACGUUCGCAUAGUCCCUUAUGUCCUAUUUUUUAUUCAGGAGUUCAGUUCAAAAGCGACUAUGAUGACCUGACAAACCAGUGUUGCCAAAGCAUGUCAUACAAGGUUUACUGUACAGGAGUCAGAGAAUUCAGAAUGUAAGAAAACAUCUUUGUGAUUUCAUUUCCAAGCAUGAUCGUGUUGCGCCUUGACUCGCUGAAUGAUCAACACAAAAGCAUUCAAUGCUAAUGUCAAACAUACGCCGGGCUGCCUGCUGCGAAGCUAAAACCUCCAUCACCUCAGAGGACGAGAGGAGACGAACAAAAGCCCUGCAACGAAAGUGUCUGAAGGAUAUUUAUGGCUAGUGAACAAUUAGUGUGAUUAGCAUCCUUUCUGGGUUGUUUUUGUCUACCUGAUGAAUGUAAAACAUUAUAUUUUUCAUUAGCCCCCUUCAUAAAAAAUAUUUAAAAAAUGAACAUUUCUAUGGAAAUAAUCAGAAUUAAUUUUUUUAUAGUUUAUUACCUUAAAAAAAAAACAAGACAAAUUUGCUGCAAGGUUUGUAAUUUACUUUACUUCCUUGAUUUUAGUGUCCUUCAAAAAGGUUUGGCCGAAUCUGAAUCUAGUCUUCAUGGAUGUCUUCCUGGAAGAUCCAGUGGUCACUUAAGGCUGGGCUGGCACAGAUUCCUUCACAUUAUCCUUCAAUGUUGCAAAUGUUAACAUAUCUUAUUUAUGUAAUGACAAACAGCCUCCCAUAGAGCAUCAAGUCAAUAAGUGUCUAUGAAGCAUCAGAGGUGAUGAGUCAGCUGGCACUGAAAGGUGUUAAUUAUGAGAAAGUUAUACCAGUGUGUGUGUGUGUGUGUGUGCGCCCGCAUGUGUGUGCGCACGUGUGUGUUUCUGUGGAAAGAUCAAAUACACACUGUACACACUGAUUUAAACAAGCUACUCUUUAUUGGCAAAAAUAAAACAUGGUGUAAUUCUUCUACCCAACCAUUCCUUUGAGUUAGACUAAUGUUCCAGGUUGGACUCAUCUCUGUCUGACUAAUAAAAUGCACCAAAUCAUUAAAUACACCACAUCCUGCAAUAUAGGUUUGAUGAAGCUUGAAGCCUGUGAGACUGUGCUACAGUAAACUAGUAAACUCCCUGUACCCCUCAAACUGUGAUGUGCAUCUCCAUAACACAACAAUCUUACAUUGUCAAGCGUGAAAAGUGAUCAACUGCUCCGGGUUGAAUCCUUUUUUAGCAACAGAUGCGCUAUGGUGUGUCGUGUAUUGAAAGCUGAGUUACUGACCUGGCUCUUUGCCAGAGAGUACAUUACUUAUGUGAACUGAUUGUUAAAGAUUACAAUAUCUUCAAUCUGGGGAAAUUAAGAAAGUAUGUUUUUUAGCUGACUUAACUGAACCGUGACAUUGCGUGAGAUAUGAAACUAGACAAAUUAAAAGGUUACACAUACAGUAACUGAGCAAUGGAAGUAAAAUAUAACUUAUAAAUAUUAAUAUAACUUAAAUUAGUUAUUACUUAUGUAGCUCAAUAAUUGGAAAAACCUAAAAGGGACCAAACAGUUAUUAAACAAUCCAAACGUCACACUCGCUUAAAUUAAACUUGCUUUGUGUAAUGUUUGAAUGUGUGUAACGAGGGCAGUGUGUUUGAUCAACCAUUAUGCUCUAAAGGUGCAGUAAUAAUGUUAAUAUUUUUAGCGAAGUUCAUCCAGUUCCAUCCAGAACCUGGAGGAGUUGGCUACAUUUCCAGAAUGAGGGAUGAUCCUUUAGAGUCCGGAACUAAACUUUGCUGAGGGCCAGAUAACAAGUUAAUCUGUGUGUGCGUGUGUGCGUUAUUUAUGCUAAUCACUUACACUUGACUUUCUUACAGCCAAAUGCAAAUUCAAACGCUGACACAGUGCUGAGAUGAGUCAGGGUUACUGAGCUACGAUGGGAGCGGGGGUUCAUUAAUCAGGAAAUAGCACUAGAGUAGAGAUACUGAUAUACUGUAUAAAUACAGCGCAUAUCAAAAUUCCCCGCAUAAAAUUUCUGUGUUAUGUCCACAGUACAUGGACUCCAUUCCUAUUGCACUCCGUAAAAAGACUGUGAAAAAGCCUACAAUAAUUCUCUACAUCUGAUGGUGGUGGUGGUGAUGAUGUUGAUAUUCUAUCAAUCAAAGUGGUUCUUCCUUGUUGUUGCAUGAUGCAAUAUGUUGAUAUACUUCUUUAUAUCUCUAUACUCCCCCUGCCUGUUUUCUAACUCAAAGUGAUGAAGUGAGACAUAAUGAAACAUUCAGGUACAGUUCGUUUAAAAGAUACAACAAAUCUUCUGUUUACAGUGCUAUCGUUGAUUAUUUAUGCACGACUGAAUGUAUGAAUGUGGCUUUCUAUACAGUAGUGUUGGACCGUUGUUUACACUGACCUUGUGCUUUACAGCUGUUCUUACAUUUCUAUUCGGUGUUUUAUGUACAAUGCAACAAUAAAUUUGGAAUGCAACAGA